AUGUAUCAACAGCCACAUAUGCCACAACCAGGCAUGAUGCCACCCCAACAAGGAAUGCCCAAUCAGAUGCAGUUUCGAAAGCGUCCUAGUGAAGCUGAUCCCAUCACAAAGCACAUCAAGAAAAAACGACCUACCGAUCGCAACAUGCCAGCCAAAAUUGAAGCCUUUGUGCCAGAGUGCAAGUUGUAUAGCGAGCUCACCGAAUUCGAAAAGAAGUUGGAUGGAACAAUCAUGAGAAAGCGUCUCGAUAUCCAGGAGGCAUUAGGAAAGCCCACCAAGAUCAGAACCACGUUACGCGUUUUUGUUUCCAACACGUCUUCCAACCAGCAACAAGGCAUGAAUGAAGAUGGCACUUUUGAUAUGAACAGUGGAAAUGCACCUUCAUGGACGCUCAAGAUUGAUGGCAAGCUCUUGGAUAAACCACCUACCCAGGCUGGCCACAGGUUCACAUCCUUUUUCCGUGCUAUUGGUGUAGAGCUUGAUCGUGAUCCCAAAUUGUAUCCUGAAGGAAACGUGAUCGAGUGGCAUAAGCAACCAAACGCUCCAGAGCAUGAUGGCAUUGAAAUCACACGUCGAGGAGAUGCAAAUGUGAAUGCACGCAUUAUCCUUGAUCCCGAAUACAUCCCCCAGAGGUUCAAGAUCAGCCCUGCGUUGUCAGAGACUGUGGAUAUGGCGGUUGGUAACAAGCCUGAUAUCGUAAUGGCACUGUGGACAUAUAUCAAGCAACACAAACUACAAGAUGCCGACGAUAAACGGUUGAUCCAUUGCGAUGCACGACUCAAACAGCUCUUCAACAACAGCGACAAAGUUCACUUCAGCCAAAUCCCUGAGCUUAUCAACCAACAUUUGUCACGGCCAGACCCUGUAGUGAUCAACUAUACCAUUCGCGUGGAUAAGGAACAACAUCAAUCACCCCAGGCAUACGACAUUGACGUGGAGAUUGAAAGCCCAGUGCGACAAAAGAUGAUGAAUUGUUUAGCAGCAGGACAAACACAAAAGGAGAUUAUGGGAUUGGACGAGAAGAUCGUACAAUGCGUGCAAAGCAUCAACAAUUCAAAGAUCAAACGAGACUUUUUGCUCCAAUUCUCUCAAGAACCGGUAGACUUUAUCAACAAAUGGAUCGCUAGUCAAGCUAGAGAUCUCGAGGUGAUAUUGGGUGAGAGCAAGAUCAAUUUGGAAGAGAUGCGUCGCAACGAUUUUUACAAACAACCUUGGAUCAAGGAAGCUGUGUUCCAUUAUCUCACUGCCAAGGUCCAACAACGAAUGCAAGAUCUUAUCAAUGUGCAGCGAGGGGCACCCCCACCACCACAAUAA